CACAAGCUAUUCGCGUAUUAAAUGUGGUAAUAACCAUGCUGCAGUAAAAAGCUGAGAAGAGCCAAAAUGUUGCAUUGCGAUCCACUUUCUUGGCUUAGCUAACUAAGUAAACAAAUCCAAACAGACGAUAAUGACACCGAAAAAGAAUUAAUUGGUGAGGAAAGAUGAACUAUUAAUUGUCAUAAUGAGCACUACAAUUCAACAAUUCCUAACUUCUUGUUUCUGGAGACUGAGAGAUGUCGUUGCGCCAGCACAUGACAUGGGCUUGCUAAAUUACUUGUUGGAACCGGUCAAUUCAACCGAUCCGGAAGGGCUAACCUUUUUGAAGUUGUCUCAAUAUAUUGAGAACAGGACUUGGGUUCCUCUUCUAGAAGGGAUGUUACUACAAUCUGUACAAAACUUGGAUGUCUUCAGAGUGAUAACGAAUAACGACCUUAUGGCUGAACAAGCUAUCCGCAGGCAACCGCGACAAAUGAUGGCCCUGUUAAUGAUUUGCGCCAUAUUCAUUCUUGUGACGUUCAUGGUCAGCAUUGGAACCAUUUUUACCGCUUGCUGCUUUUGGCGGGACCGUCUCGGUUGCAGUGAGUGUCAGCGCAAAACUUGUCCCAAACCUUCGACUGCAAAGGGAAUGAAUGAACCGGCCUGCUUUAUGGAUUCAGCCAGAGCAGUGCUUGAUAAUACAUCGGCGAGUUUCGAGACGAGUCAGUUGGAUGCAGGUGCUAACAGAAGUCCUUCCACCACUUCUUCGGAUUUCUACGUAAACGUCACAGCGGAAUACCGCAAUGUAACUGGACAUUCUGACCAAACUGACGUAUCAACCUCCGGUUAUGAAUUGGACCCCGUACGCCGUCAUCCAUCCAAAGAUCCCAUCCUGAAGGAUAAGCACUCAAAUACUUCGGGGCCAGAAAAGCGAGAUAAAAUUCUUCAUUAUCUCUAUCUGAGUGCACAACUGUUGCUCACACUGCUUAUAUUAGGUUUCUUAAUACUCCAAUUUUACUCCAUGGGCAGUGUAUUUGAGCUUUCCAACCCACUUCGUUCUGACGGACCAAGCCUCAAAACCGCAGUAACAAAUGCAACAAAUUCCAUCUAUUUGUUUCUAGAGCAGAUGAUCGAACAAGGAGAGAAUGAAACAGACAAAUUGCUCGCAAACGUGAAGGACCUGUUUCUGAUAGAGAUAGGUAACGCCGCGAACCGAGUUAUUGAUGCACUUUUGGAAUCGUACAAGAUUCUGCCAGUGUUUAAUGUGUCAGACCAACUAACUCCCAGCAUCAACUCAGUGUUAAAUGCUACUCGCGAAAUUCGCAGAACACACGCAGAAAGUUUGAGAAUUUUGAAUCAAUUCCGCGGUCAGCUGGAUGCUUACCGGUCUAUAUUGGUGCGUUCGAUAGAAAAUCUGUGUCUCCAGCUGAGUUCCACACCUUACGAAGCUUCGUGUGUAUCGGAACUGGCUGAUGCAAGAACAUUGGUGUUCGAUUUCAAUCCAGCAAAUGUGAACGCGGACCCGAGUGUAGGCCUACAGGUACUUUUGGAGACAUUGAACAUCGACCUCACUGGAGCUUUGCAAGCACUUGGAAGAGCCCGACAGAAAGUCCAAGAAACGGCCGAUAUGAUAGUGGAGUCUAUGAAUAAAAAUUUUAAAAUCGAAGAACUUUUCAAACCCCUAACUACUCUUUGGUCGGAGUUCAAUACGUCCACAGCAAGACCUAUACAAAACACCGUGAAAAGAUUGCAACCCCAAAUUUACUUUUACAUCGACCUGAUGGACUACGUCAUUUCCGCCGGUGGAUACCUUACUUUGGUUGUGCAUUUAGUAUUGCUGAUCGCACAACUGUGUUACGUUGGAUUGAUCCUCGAAGACGUUCGCUCACACCGCCUGCUGGCGGCAAGUGGUGAUUUACUGGUGACAGGAAGAGAACAUUUCCGUAUCGGUGCAAUAGUUGGAUGUAUAUCCAGUGCAGAACGUUCAUUGGAUUUGGCUCCGCUUAGUAGCAGACCAAUUGAACUUCAAUUCAUAUCAAUGCUACUCAGUGUCAUCAGUCUUCUGUGUUGUUUUCCGGCUCUCGUGUGCCUCGCUCUCAUUCCCCUGCUGGUCUUGAGCAACAGCGAGAUAUGUCGCAAUUUGGAUUACGGAAUCGAUUUGGAACGUACCGAUAAGGCGAUUGAAUUGUUCCUUCGUUACGAAUGGCCAGAUAUAUUUAACAACAAAACCUUGUCCCCUGAGCUUCUUGCGAUGCUGAAGAUAAAUCCACCACCCAUGUUGCUAACAACAGUCUCUAUAGCAUGUAAUCCGAAUCUGCAAACAACCACAUCACAAGGGCUUUUAGGAAAACUGGGAUAUUCAGACAUUCUGAACUUCACUACCGUGUUGAGAGGACAGCAAAUUACUAAGCUUCUCCAAGACACAGAGACAAACUUGGUCAAGGAAAUCACGGCGAUUGAUUUCAACGCACUUAUUCCUUCGAAUCUGGAAAACCUCCGAGAUAUGGCAAAUCAAGUAACGCUUUCACUUGACAGCAUCAACUAUGAGUCUUCUUACGACGAACUAUCAAAGCAGUUUUUGCCAAUGCCGAGUUUGGAGAGCUACGUUACUUCGUUGAAUACGUUCGUUUCCUCCAUCCCUGUGAGCGUUGAAAGCCAGUCUUUGAACUCAGUAAUUACGCUGAUCAACGAUUCUGUUCCCGAGUAUAACAAAGCGGUUGAUACGGCACGCGAGCUAGCUGCACAAUUCAAAAUAUUGAUUGGUAACCAAAUGUUAAACCAACUGAUGGACAAUCUACUAGAUAGAGUUGGCGAUGCAAGGAAGAUUGUGACAAACGCAUCGUUAGUGAUCGCUCCUAUUCGGCCAAUUUUUAGAAUAAACGCAAUCAUUUUGCUAGACGAUGUAAAUGACAUACUGAAAGCGCAAUUUCAACCGUUUAUAGAGACAAUCGUGCCAUGUGACAAUUUAUUUUGGGUCUUUGAACAGUUUCGUUCAACGGUGUGCUCAGAUCAGAGUUUUACAAACCGCCUUGGAGCAAACUGUAUUUUACUAAGUGUUUGCGUCUUUCUAGUUACUCUCGAUCUUUUCUUUUUCACACGCCUUGCUUCUCUUUACACGACUAUUUUUGAAACAGUGGGUGAAACAAGGCCUAGUCUGCAAGACUGCGUUGGUGCCGCGUAUUUAGCGUGGAAACAUUCAAAAGAAGUUGCUCAGAUUUCCUGAAGCCGAAUUUAAACCUACACAGCUUUUGUAUUCAAUUCAUGCAUGGAACUUUUCAUCCACCCAAAAUUUUGCUGGACCGGUAAAACGCUUGUACAGCCAUGUGUUUGUGUUCGCCUUUAACCAUUUGAAUGCGCUAAUUGGUUAUUUAGCCCAAGUAGUUUGGAGCUAAAUUUUAAAAACGCUACUGUUUCGUUGGUGCUGAGUUUAUGUUUAAAUUGCUGAAAAACGACCGAUGGUAACCAGCAAAAUAAAACAGAAAUGUUUGCAUCCAGCUGGAUU